UGGCCAUAUUGCACAUAAUCGCGAGCUAAUUUUCGGGGCGUUCCUACCAAGCACGGUGUGUGCACAUCUCUAAUUGCAUUGCACUGGUGCUGUUAAUUAACAGUGUUUUCACAAUGUUUUGCUAAGCAAGGUACAAGAAAAUUUAAAAUAUAUUAAAACAAAUAUACGCUGAAAUAUUUAACCGAUUGUCAGACGCUUUGGUAAUUUUAUAAUGGAGACCAAUCGCACGGUCCAAUUUAUAUAUAACUACAAGGAUUAUGCAGGCAAAGAUUGUGAAGCCAAGCUGGAUAUUAAAUUGCCUUUUGAGGAUGAAAGCCUUGAAGAAUUGGUUACACAGCUUUUAGCUCAAAUGGAUCCAAUGAUGCGGUAUUUGGACGAAGACAUAAAUUUAGAGAAGGAACUAAAGUCGUUUAUUGACCGUGAGCAUCAGAAAUUCCACGAUGACUACGCUGAGAAAUUGAUCUGUCAAGCGGCCAACGAAGAGUUAGACUUAGAAUCUAUAGUGCGAAAUACAGAACGUCUGUAUAAAGAAGAAUUGCUGCAAUUUGCAGAUCGCAUUGGUCCAAGCGACGAAGACAUAUUUGCGCAGAGCUUUCAUCGACUGGUGCAUUCCUCCUCUUUAGAGGAUAUACUAAAACGGGAACGUGGCUAUGCUAAGGUCAUAGCCGAUAUGACCGAGCAUAUGGACUCUGAGGUGGAAACUUUAAAAAACUCUCAACAGCAGGAAAUGGACAGUCAAAUCAAUCAGCUGGACAUAACGACCACAUCGGAGGACAUUAACAAUCUGCUGGCACAGCAAUAUACAACGCACAACUUUGUACGAAAGCGUUACGAAUCCGAGCUGGAGGCCAUGAUGGGCCAUCAGAAAAAUGAGUAUCGCAACUGGAUAACCAGCCAAGUUAGUCAAAUGUUCCAAGUCUCGCCAGUCUCCACUCCGCUGGGCAAUCGUUCCUCUAUGUUCGUCUCGCAGCAGCCUUCAAUGGAGGAGAGCUUCACCAUACAUUUGGGCUCUCAACUGAAGCACAUGCAUAAUAUUCGCAUACUCAGCGCUAAUGUGACGGACCUGUGUAGUCCGCUCCACGCGGAUGAAAACUUGAAUGGUCUCAACAUGGCCUUGGGCCUUUACUCGAGCUCCCUGUGCGGCGUGGUCGUCCUGACUCCUUCUAUACAGGCACAGGCUAAUAAGAGCAUAAUCAAGAAUGCUAACAGAUCGACUGAGUUUCAUUUUGAUCAGAUGGAUGUGCAGCUAGAAAAGAUAGAGAAACAAAUUCGGGCACUUAACACCAGUGGCACAAGCAACUCACUGAGUACUGGAAGCGGCAGUGGCAGUGGCAACAGUGCCGAAGGUAGCGCCACAUCGUCGCCAAUUAAACAGCAUGUGCCCAAGCUAAAGACCGGCGAUUUUUUUAUAACCAAACACUCGAAUCUCUCACAAUCGCACGUCAUAUUUCAUUUGAUAUCCGAUGAGCCCAUCAAUAGUCCCAGCGAAAUAAAUUCACGCCAUCCAGUUAUCUUGGGUCUGCGCAGCAUUUUGAAGACUGCCAGUCGGCAUGAUAUAACCACAUUGACGAUCCCAGCCCUGCUGCGCCACGAGAUGAGCGAGGACAUGACAGUACAGUGGUGCGUUCGACGGGCAGAACUCGUAUUCAAGUGCGCCAAGGGUUUUAUGAUCGAAUCAGCCUCUUGGGGUGGCGCGGAGUUAAGUACAUUGCAAUUGUUGCUGCCACACGAUAUCUCUGAGGAGCUGUUCACCACAUUGGCGGGCAUGGUGCCCAAUGUAUUCCGUGUUGCCAAUCCAAAGAUACUCGUUGAUAAUAACAAAUAGUUAUUCGUAAACACAUUCCAAGGGAAAUAUUUCGACUCAAAUUUAUUUAUAUGAAUAUACACUUUAUUAGGCUUUAUAGUUUAUAUUUAAAUGUAUAUGCUUCUUUUCAUGUCGCAAACAGUUGUUUAAACAAAAAACACACUCAGAAUUGUUGUAAAUGUUCCUGUAUCCAAUUUCGACAAUAUAAUUAUCCAUAGUUUUUUAAUUAAACUUCAAUGCAAACGUUUUGCAAAACUA